CCAAACAGUCCACUCCGCCUCCCCCACCAUUCAUAACUGUACUGCUGCAAGACCAAGAAGAGACCGGGGCUGGUUUGCUUCUCACCUCCGUCUACGGCUUUCUUUGUUCCUCUUCGAACCUGAGUAGCAACCACUGCUUACGGCUUGAGCGGAUGACAGAGGCCCGUUAGUUUGGGUGAAUCCCCGCAAAAGAGUGGAUCGGAGAGAGAGGGAGGAGGAGGCAGCGGUCAGCCGGGCUUCAGGAAGACCUUGAGCGGCUCCUCAACUGCUUUUUCCCCGCCUCCGCGGCCAUGGGCUGCGGUUUAAGGAAGCUGGAGGACCCGGAGGACAGCAGCCCCGGGAAGAUCUACUCGACGUUGAAGAGACCUCAAGUGGAGACAAAGACUGAGACUGUCUACGAUUAUGUGCUGCUGGACUUCAGCUUGGAAGGUAGCCGUCCCACGGUGCAGUACGUGUCUUCGCUGGCUGAGCUGCCUCAGGCACUGCAGCCAUACUAUACACAAGGCUACGUCCUGGCCGCUCUUCACCCCAUCAUCCUGUCCGUAGGCCGCACGCGUUCGCUUCCUUUCAGCCUGCUUUACCGCGCCGUGCUGGCGCGACCCAGAUUGAGUCAACAGACAGCAUCCAUGUGCCACAGUGUGCCUUUGCUGAGGGUGGAGGAGUGGCCAUUACCUGGAGAUUCGCUGACGAGUGACAUUGUUCGGGCGCUUAUCGACAGGGUGAACAGCAGCGCCCGCGGGGGUGUUCGUUUCGUCGGUUCGGUCCUCCAGCAAGUGAGCGUGCUGAGCAACGGCAGCAAACUGCACAGUCCAAAGAGGGGCUGCCGCUCACCCCCACAUUCUCCCCCUCGCACCCCCCCAGGAGAGCGGGAGCUGGAGGAGAACACCUACAGUCCUGACAUGCGACUUUUGGUCUUCUUCCACUCUUGGGCUCAGGGAUGUGCACCGUUGGAGUCGUUAGCAUGCCAGUACCACCAGGGGGCGUUGUCCAUGCGCGUCUCCAGGAAGGGGCAGGUGGUGAGCGCCCUGGAGGCCGACUGGCUGGAGCUGACGGCGGCCUACUACCGCAGAGGCUGGUCGUUGGUGGACUCCUUCGUCUACUGGGACACCCCGAAAGGCGAACCCGUGCCGCGGUCUCUAGAGGGCCUUUUUGUGUAUGAAGAGAGGAGCACCGCCCCUCCUGCCAACGACACCAUCGUGGUGGAGCAAUGGACUGUUAUUGAGGGAUCCAGUGUAAAAACAGACUAUGGGCCACUGCUUCACACUCUCGCUGAGUUUGGGUGGCUGCUGACGUGCGUUCUGCCCACUCCCAUCAUACGUCAUGACAGUGAUGGUAAUCUGGCAACCAAGCAGGUUGUCUUCCUUCAGCGGCCUGUCAGAAAUCAGGCAGCAGCACAGCACAGGAACCAGGUUCUGUCAGCGCACAGCGAAGUGUCCAGCCGAUCCGUCAGUCGCUCGGUCAGCGGCGCUGUGCUUCACCAGGAGCUCUCCCCCGUGGCCGGGGGCAUCGGUGGAUUCCCGGUGUUCGGAGGGGGGUUCCCCAGCUCCCUUUCGCACCUGGAGGAGGGCGGCUUCGACCAGGAGGAGGGCAAGGCGGAGGUGACGUGCAUGUGAGCGGACUCACGGCAGGAGAGUUCCAGCUGAAGGAAAUAUUUCUCUUGUGGCCACGUGGCAAAAAAAAAAACUGCACUUUUUUGUUUUAUAACCCAAGCCAUAAUAAGAACAUAUGGAACUGCAUUUAUUGGAUUUUCAAGUAAAACUGCAGCACAGGUAGUCCCCGGGUUACGACGUACUCGACUUAGGUGUUUUCGACUUUACAACGCCAGAGUCUCGUCCGCAAUUUUGUCUCCAGUCAUUUUUCUAUUUUUUCUAAGUGUAAACAGUAAAUUAUUGUACCUCACAGCAUCUUAUUUUUUACUUUACUUUAUUAAUAUGACGUGUUCUGUCCUCACUGUGUUGUUAUUCAGCUGACGGACAGCAAACAAGGCAAUUGUGCUUUUUGAAGCUUUUACUCCCUUUACUUUUGACAAUUUGUAAAGCUGUAACAUACAUACACUUGGCAUUCAAACGUCUAUCGAGUCUGAUCAAUAUGUAAAUUUAGUAGAUUAAAUUAGCCUAAUUUGUAAAAAAAAAAAAAAAAAAAAAAAAAAAGUCUGCUAGCUUAAAUGCUACAAAUGCUAAAGUAUUUGCAAUUCCCAUAGCAAAUUGCUCACACAUAACUCCACAAACUGUAGCUCUAAAUGCAUACACAAACAUAUAUUAGCUGAAACAACUUAGCCUUUUGUCGAGUCUGUUCCUCUGUCAUACAAGGCGACAGUCCAGUCAGGUCCAACGCUGCCACCAGAGGGCAGUGUAUCUUCCAUCAUUAAACAAAAUACAAUACUUUUGGACUUUUUGCAUAGUUAUUUUGAGAUUUAGGGUCCUUAAAGGGUUAAUUACGAUUUACACAGAAAUUUGGGUUACAUCGCAUGCGCAGGAACGGAACUCGUUCGUAACCUGUGGACUACCUGGACUUAGCAUAUGCACAAAGAGCGUAAUAGCUGGUAUCAAGAAUCUAGCCGGUACCAGUGGUCCCACAGGAUGGAUCUUGGACACCUUAGUAACAUUUCAUUUGGAUUUUUUAACACACAGACCAAAUGUCUUUUUGAAUAAAUUCCAAUGCUCUUGAAUUCAUUUUGUUGUUUAUCGUAUUCCAUUUUUUAACCUGAAUUUUAUGUCAAUUUUUACAAUGCCAAACUAUUCAGGCUAAGAGGUCCACUGCAAAUAUAUUGUUUUUCUUUGACAGUAUUUUAAGAGUGAGUAGGUGGCCCACAGGUUUUUAUUUAUUGGUUUGGGAUGUGUUAUGCACAAAGAUGUCAAAAUCAUUCUAGUCUUCUUUCUUGCUUCUAGCUUUUUUGGCACAUUCCAAGUGCUUUUUAUUUUGUUUGCUGAUACACACCAAGUCACAGUAACCUGAUAAAAUACAUUUACAUUACAUGGACAAGAGUAAGUGAAACCUUUUCCUGUACUUUUGUCAAUGUUGAAUGCUGAUUUUGUCCAACGAUGUAUUUUCAAACAUUUUGAAUCUUAACAGUAUUACUAGUGUGUACGGUACUCCAUGGAAUAGAGUUUAAUUAUAGGUAUUAAAGUUACCAAUCAUGGUGUUACAAAGAACGACAGCAGUUUUUGAAAAUGAACACAGUUGUGGGAUUUUUUUUGUACAUUUAUACCUUGCCUUCCUAGGAUCAAAAUGUUGCUAUACUGUAAUGGUGAAAAGCACAUUUUAAACUGAUGUAGGGUUUCCAUGUCAGUAUUUCGUUGUCGUUUUGUUUUUGAGUUGUACAAUUUGCUUCCUUGUAUGGUUAGUGUUUAUUGUCACAAAUAAAGUUCUCCAUUGUUUGGCAAAGUUUACAUUUCUGUUUAACCCUUUUUUUACUUUUUGGUCAAAGACAUGGUACAUGGACGUCGCAUUUUAGGUCAUGUAGACCACAAUAUGAUUGGUAUAGUACAGGGUGACCCAAAAAAACGGAAACUUUUAACAAGCCAAUAAAACCAAGAGUUAUGGAAGAAAAUAUUUCAUUCAUAGUAAUUGAAAACUGUAAACAUGACAAUUAACAAUUAUGAAAUUUUCAUUUAAAAAUGACAUUGACGGGAAUAGUAUCUUUUCUCGUAUUUACCGGUCGACUAUUUGUAUCAUUCUAACACGCUUAACAUAAUCAAUAAGGGAAUAGUAUCUUUUCUCGUAUUUACUGUUUGUUUGUAUUACUCUAACGUACCCAAUAUAAAAUCAAUAGCCUUUAUAUCAUAGUUUAAGGAAAACAAGCAGAAUAUAUUUGACAUAGGGCAUAAGAGAUACAUGACGCCUUCUGACCACAGAAGCCCAACGCGUGCGUCAUGCAGCUAACAGAGCAAGAUUGAUGCUGACUACCAGGUGAUGGGCAAGACAUCUAAGAUCCCACGUCUGCAACCCCAAAUCCCACAAUCAGCUCUUCAGGACAGUUCAAAACAAAUGGCGGGACGUCCUAUAAUACCACAACACCCGAUAACAAAAACAACUAAGUUUGAUAGAUCGGUGCCUCUCAGACAGUGAGGCACACCGAACCUCCCACCUCAGUUGCCUCAGUAACCAUGAUCCAGCAACGAACGGUAACAAACUUGACCGCCCAAAUCUGCAACAGAGGAACUAUCCUAAACAACACCCAGGCACACCUAUCGUCCAACCCACCGUACUGCAGACUUCAGAAAGACUGAAUUAGCUAACAACUGUCGCUUCUCCGGGACAUUCUGAUGUGCUCGUUGUUUUGCUGACCCUGGAUCCAGAAUUGCCUCUCUGGCGGGGACCCAUUUGCUGUUUGCCUUGCUGUUUGAUCGGUGUCGACCUGAAUAAAUUGUCAACUUGUGUUUCAAAGCCUUAUUCCAACUUUAAAAAUGGAGUCAGUACAAGGGGUUAAGACUAAGGUGAAGUUGGUGGAGUUUUGGCCUGGUUGUCAGAGUUUCGCCAGCCCAGGUCGUUGG